CCCUUCCGCCCCAAUCUCUCUCGCGGCUCGCUCGCUCGAUCGAUGGACGCCGAGGGAUCAUCAGACGCGGAGGAGGCCAGAGGAGGCAGCAAGAUGCUGCUGCGCUCCCUGGACUACCCCUGCGCCACGCGCCUCCGCCACCGCCGACUCCUCGCCUUCCUCAUCAACAACGACUACAUGGAUGCCUACGAUGAGAUAAACAAGAGGAGACGUUUGGUGUUCCAUGUGAGCGACCUGGAGGAUCUCAUGAAGGCAGGCCGUUUGGUGGAGGCGAGGAACUACGUGUGGCGUUUCGCCCCGCCCGGCGGCGGCGGCGGCGAGCCGAGCUCGAGCGCCGAGGCCGUCACCCUGUGGAAGUUCAUCCACCAGCUCAUGGUCCUCGACAGCUUCGCCCACGGCGGCAUCCGGGACCACACGGCGAUCCGAGGCUGGUUCACGCGCAUCCUCGCCGAGCCCCCGGGCUUCUCCGUGCUCAAUCCCCUCGUGCCUCGCCCUCGCCGCCCACUUCGUCGCCGGCCGCGUCGAGGCGGCCAGGGACAUGGCGGACUGGAAGGUGGUCCGCUCCAAGGCGGCCAGCUUGGCCGGGAAGAUGGCGCGCGAGGCGCCGGAGAUCAGGUGCACCAUGCUCUUGCCGCUUGCCCGGGCCAAGCCCAAGGACUUGUUCCCCCUGAUUGCUUCUUCGAGUUUUCGUCGGAGGCGUUAUGUGAAGGCAGCACGACGGGCAUCAUCAUCUCAUCUUGCUCAGUUCUACCUGAACAAGAAGAAGAGGCUGCCUUCUCCAAGUCAUCCAGCAGGACAAUCAUAUGUCAGUAGAUCAGAGCUGUUUGCACUUCUUGAGGUAUGUUUGUAUACUGGUAGGCGUCCGCGGCCUUGUACUGAAGAUCUUUCCAAGCAAGGCAUCCAUAGUGUCCCAUUUAUGCGGACUAUGCUAACAAAUUCCUCAAACAAAGGCAACCCUGCAAACAUACAUCCACGCAAAAGUGCUGUGGUUUAAAAUUCAACCAGUGAUGAAGGUGAGGGAUUAAAAAAAAAUAGGAUGACAUCGUUCAAGUUGCGCGUCUGCGCGCAGAGCAAUAGCUUGUAAUGGAUGGACUUUGUUUUAACGGAUGGGCCUUUUGGUGUGUGUAACAAAUGGAUGGGCCUGGGUUUGGGUGCACGCUCUAAGUACUGGGCAAUAAGUUCACUUUAGGUCCCUCAACUUGUCGCCCAGUCUGAUUUUCAUCCUCAGUCCGGAAAACUGGAUACAACACAUCCCCCAACUUACAAAACCUGCGAACGAGGUUCCUCGA